AUGGACCACUAUGACCUAGGAAUACCAAAGUCUUUGAUAUUGACCCUGGUGGAAGUGUUCUUCGACAACGCAUACAACGCUACCCUCGUGCUACACAAAAGGCUGUUCUUAGAGUCGCUCGAGCGCGGAAGAGCCAAUCCCCAUGUCGUGCUAAGUAUCUGCGCGUGGGCAGCAAAGUAA